CCUAGGUUUCCCAUUUUUCCAGUCAAAAGAAGCCAGCGAAUCUUUCCACCCCCGACGUAAAAAAAGACGAAUAAUUAUUCGGCGGAUAUAAACAUUUUGGAAGUCUUAAAUACGUCAGUUUUCACGAUGAGCGGGAUCCCUGGGACUGCCGUCGUCCAAGUGACCAAUCUGUCUUCCGCGGUGAGCAGCGAGCAGCUGCGCACUCUCUUCGGCUUCCUCGGGGACAUCGAGGAGCUGCGGCUCUACCCACCCGACAACACCACACUCUCCUUCUCGUCCAAAGUGUGCUAUGUCAAGUAUCGAGAAUCUUCCAGUGUUGGUGUGGCGCAGCAUCUCACCAACACUGUUUUUAUGGACAGAGCCCUCAUAGUUGUACCCUGUGCCGAAGGGAAGAUUCCGGAAGAGGCCAAGGCCUUGUCGCUUUUGGCACCCUCUGCCCCCGUGCACAGCUUGCUCCCCGGCAGGGGUCUGCUCCCCAUCCCAACACCCACCCCGCUACAGAACUUGAGCCUCCCCCUGGUGGGCCAUGUGACCGCCACCGUGGACCCCGCCGCUGCCUCGCUCUCCCAGCCUCCCCUCAUGGGCAAUGUGGACCCCUCCAAGGUGGACGAAAUCAGGAGGACAGUCUACGUAGGCAACUUGAACUCGCAGACCACGACGGCAGAGCAACUCCUGGACUUCUUCCAGCAGGUCGGCGAUGUGAAGUUUGUGCGCAUGGCGGGUGAUGAGACGCAGCCCUCGCGCUUUGCUUUUGUGGAGUUCGUCGAGCAGGAUGCCGUCGCCCGGGCGCUCACCUUCAACGGCGUCAUGUUUGGAGACCGGCCCCUCAAGGUGAACCAUUCCAACAACGCCAUCGUGAAGCCUCCCGAGAUGACGCCGCAGGCCGCCGCCAAGCAACUGGAGAGUGUGAUGAAGCGCGUGCGCGAGGCGCAGUCCACCAUCGCCGCCGCCAUCGAGCCAGCGGAGAAGGAGAAACACUAUGUUGCUCACUCUGGAAGAACACGCCGCCCAUCGCGAUCCCGAUCUCACUCCGGCUCGCGUAGGAGAUCACGCUCCAAACACGGACCGCCGCAGAAGUGGCCAAGGAACAACGCACGCGCUUCCCGAAGUGGCCAUGGUAGGCGCUCUCGCUCCAGAGACCGACGGCGGAGCCGAAGCCACUCCAGGGUCCGCCGGCGGAGUCGGGGGCACUCGAGGAGCCCUCCCAGAAGGGCCAGGUCGCCCUCUCCAAAGAGGAUUAAAAAGCGACGCGAACGCAGCCGAGAAGCACGGGAACGCUCUUCAUCGAGGAAGAGGAGCCGUAAGGACGAGGAGCGGCCGAGAGGCAAGAAAACGCACAAGGUAGGACGGGAUUACGACAGAGAGGCCUCGCCCUGCGAGGACGCCCGCUCGCCCCCCUUCACGCAGCACAACGGUGUCCACAAAGCACGCAGCGACGGGAUGUCCGUUUGACAGCGCCCGACUGACUGACUUAAGUUGUCACUUCCCCCCACCCCCGCCCGGAGGGCAAGUGAAGCGCCACAAUGUCCUAUUUUUGCAUCUCGGGAAGAAGCGGCGAGCGUGUGAAAUGGCGGUACGUGUCGCGCAAAAUUUCGGCACGUGCUCACAAAAUUGGCGGUUAACGGUGAGCCUCACUUGUCUGUUUUGGCAGCUUGAAAGGGAGGAAACCCCCGUGUUUCCUGCUCGAGGCGUGGCAUUUACGAGGAGGCUUUAUUUCCUGUUUUUAUGUUUUUGUGGGCACGUUUACUGUUUUUAGUCCUUGUUUUGUUGCGCAGGUGUAAAAGAAAAGUGUGUGUGCGCGAGUGUCGGGGAAAAAAAAAGAGGAGGGUGGUAAACCUAAACUUAUAACGGCCUCGGACGCUGGUGAAUCAAAUUGAACACCCCGUAUUGUAUGUCGGUACUUUUCACACAGAACAGCCAACACUGGAAAAAUCUGGCUUUGAUAGGCGUUUUGAAAGGGGUGUCAAACUUCACGCCCCGGCUGUGGAUCCUGCCUGUGAUCCUUCUACUGGAUUCAACUGGCAAGUUGACUUCCCCUGCUGUUCUUUGUCAAUAACUUUCACGCACAACAGCAAUACUGUGGAAAAAACUUGCUUAGACAGCCAUUUAUAGUUACUACUACUAAAAAAAAAAAACUUUAUCCUGCUUCUGUUACGCCUAUGGUCCAACCUAUCGGAAGCUGGCAAAUGGAUGGGUCGACCGCUACUUCCUGUCCGUGUCAUUACAUUUCACACAGAACAGCAACGCCAGGAAAAGACUGCAUUUGACAAGCAGUGUGAAAGGGGGUUUCUGAUCUUAAAACACGAAAACACAGCCUUCGUCCAGUCUCGACUACUGCCGAAGCUGGUAACCUCUGAAGGACUUCAUCCCCAUUCUCAUGUCAGUACCUUUCAAGCAGCAGAGUGACACUGGGGACUGGAGAACGAUUGGACUUAAUUCCUGGAUCACGGUUGUGACAAAUACACGUUUUCCAUGCCCAUCAAACGUACACGAGUGUGCACUCGACGCUAAACUGCGUCACAUAGUCUUCCGCGUGAGCGCCCCUUCUUUGCCCAUCAUCAGCUGCUGAAUGACGUCCAAGCUGGUGUAUCCGCUGAAGGGGGCGGCUAAGGGAGCACCAUGGGAGCUCGCCGCGCUCGCCUCAUCGACGGCAGCCGAAUGGCCGCAGGCCGAUUGCUGGCAUUUGGAAGGCGGCACUCGGAGCUCCACGACGAGCAGUCUCUCCACGAUGCAUUCUUCCAGCUUGAGCGUUUCGACGCGCUGAAGGAGCUGAAGAAUACAACAGAGCGUCAAUGGAAGCGAUUGGUGGGAUUGGGUAAAAUUUUCAGGGAUCAACUUGAGUAAUUUUCUGAGAAAUGUUUACUUUCACUACAUUUGAAAACACAUUUGUACUUUGUACUCCUUACUGUGGUCAAAUAAGCCCGAUGUAAUUUUUGGAGCUCUGAGAAUGAGGACACUUUGUAAAAAUACGACAGCGUAAACAGAUAUCAAGUCAGCAAUGCGGGAGAGCAUGAUAUAUGAUGUUCUAUUAGGUUUAUUAAUAAAAAAAUAAAUAAAAUAAACCGGACAGCAGCGACAUGGGGGGGGGGGGGGUCAGUGAAUCAGUUAGUGUAUGACAAAGACGCAACAAAUUAAGGGAAACAAAAGAGAAUGAUUCAUGGCCGUUAUGUUCCACCCUAAAAAACCACCAUGUUCUCAUGUUAGAAAAGUUUCCUAUCUGAAAAUAACAGGUAAGGUGUAUUGUUUCAGUUAGCAUGAGCUAACUUUCCAUCUUUUUUGUUCUGUUUUGCUCAUGCAGCACCUGUUACGUCAGAAUUAAAGGCACUGUGGCAAAGCUGGCCCAUAUUUCACUCUAAAAAAAACGAUGUGUUUUUUUCCAUCAGGAAAAUGAAAGUAGCGUGCAUUUUCAAUGUUAUCUGUUUAUUUUGGAAUAGUGGGGGUGGGGGGGGGCACCUUACCAGGAAGGAUUGCGGAGCCUAAGUAACUGCGACAACACCACAACUCCGUCCGGCUCCGGAGCAGUGUUGCCAUGGAUUCUGGCUCAAGUGUGUGCGUUGUGUUUUACCUUCUGAGGAGGGGCGUCACCAACAUGGCGGUCAUCACAACAAGGGUGGAGAUGGUGAGAAGUACCGUUAGGUUAAUUGGACCUCCACGCCGCGUCUCCACCAGCGUGGCGCCGCUCCGGACCCCCGGCCCGCCCCGUGUGAAUCCGGACACCUGGACCCGCUGCCGAUCCUCGGCAUAGUGGAUCACAUAGCCCAGCAGGAACCCGCGCCGGUUCUCCUGGGAGAUAGACGACCAUCGCAGCUCCAGAGAGGUCGACGUGACGGACACCACGCUGACGUUGGAAGGAGCGCUCACCGGAGCUAACAGGAAACAGGUCUUGACGCAACCGCACUGUAUCGAUAUUUGUUGCUUGUGUAUCAAUACUGUACUGAAAUAGAUUUAUACCAUCCCGAUAUCUCUGUUUGAUAUUGGUGUAUUUAUACUGAGAUCACAGUAUUGGUAUCUGAUGCUGCCAUAUCGUUACCGAUAUCGAAUUGACAUUUGUGUAGAAAUGGCCAUAUUACUAAUCAAGCGUGGUGUAUAAAUAGUGAUAUCCCAAUGUCUAUAUCAUGUGCCAGCAUUUCGAUACCUUCAGCACGGCUUUGCUCCAAAAUUUAUGCGUAUCAAUACAAAAGUCCCAGUCUUCAUAUUUGACACUGCUGUUUAGAUCCUGAAACCGCAAUGUUGCUAUUCCAUACUAGUCUAUCAAUACUGAACACACACAAUCACUAUUUGACGAUGAUUUGGCAACGCCGACAACAUGUUAUCACUAUGCGAUGGUGGUGAAUCAAUCGCAAGAUCGCUGACCGAGAACACAGUCCGGCUCUUUAAGGCUAUCGAAACUAAGACUGUGAUAUUGCCACAUGAUAACACUUUAAGUGCUGGUGUUUCGUGACAUAGCUCACGAUUGCGAAAUCCACAUUGAUAUUUGAUAAAUAUUUUUUUAAAAAUAAAGACGCUUACAUCCUUCCCGGAAGUAGAAGCGUGCUUUGGCGUAGGUGGCCUCCUGGCUGUUAUUCACUUGCUUAAGGUUGCACGUUUGCUGUUGGUCACGCACGUGUAGCCAGACGUCGUAGCUGGUGUAAGCCCGCAGUCGCUCUGGAAGCAGAAAGCUAACAAUCAAAACAACUGUACUUCGUGUUUACAAAUACACUGAAUAUGUAUUGUAUUGUAUAUCAACAUACGAUAGUACAAGUGUCACCUGGGAUAUUAAACAGCGUCCAGAAGUUGAUGACUUCCUCAUAGAAGGAUUUAUAGAACAGCUUUGGUGGAUUUGGUCCAUGGGUUGCACUCCACUCCAGACAGAAGCACUUGUACUUCUUGACUAAGUCGUCCUUCCACAAAACAGUGAAGGUGGUCUGGUUGUGGACACGCACGCUCAGUCUACCGCCAUCAUCAGAGACGCUGUCAUCAUCUUCUGGAACAUUCAUGUUAAGGGUAUGUGAUGCCAUUAAAUUGUGAUAUUGCAGACAUUAGUAUCGCGAUUUCUGCAUGAAGAACCCAGCAGCAAUGACCAAUAUUGUCAUCUUCAUAUUACUGUAAUACAUCUGCAUUGAAUAGAGGUAUUGAUGUUUCAGUAUCAACAAACUGGUGUCUAACCAGGAUAAUCGUAUCAAGAUAUCAAUGUCAAAUAUUGAUAUAGUGAUCUUUGUAUCACGAUACCAACAUCAAGUCCUGAUACUGCAACAUUGUUAUGGACAUUCCAGCAUGGGUUAGUGACAUCAAAAUCUCAGUGAAAUUACCCUGGCAUCACAUUGUGAUGUUUGUAUUGACACCCAUUGAUAUCAUGAAAUGGUCGACAUUAGUCUAAAAUGGCUGACAGACAUCUGGCACCAUUAUACUGACCACGCGGUGGCAUCACAGUGAUGCUAGCAGCCGGUGACAUGCUAACAUUGGUGAAAGCAGAGACGUGGACUUGAAAGGCGGAGUUGGACAGCAGCAACUUGAUGGGCGGCCGUGCUACGCUGAGGACCUCCCGGGGAGGCUCUCCUGACAAUUUGGCCACAGACACAUUAAAGCCGUCAUGUCCCUCCAAGAACUGAAAAGAAAAUCAAAAUCGGUUUGUAUGAACGAAGGUAUGUUUGUUUAAAAAAAAUCUUUCAAUAUAUAUUAACAUUCAUAUGCUAAACUAAGCUGUGCUAGAUAGUUGUUUUGCUACGACAAUGCUGCGAUGGAAUUAUGCUAGCUAUCCUUUGCAAAGUUAUGCUUUGUCAAAUAACUAUACCGUCCAUGUCAGCGAGAUAAUUCUUUGUCCUCCUCUGUCGGCCAUCUUGUUUUCCAUUACGUGGAGGCCAAGUGGCGGACUGGUCAGCUCUGGUGAUGCGUGAAUCAAUAUUAAUAAUAGUCAUAGUGACACAUGGGGUUUAUCGUGUCCCAAAGAUGAUGCUUCACCCGGCGGGAGCGUGUAAACAUGACUCCAUGGACACUGAGAACACUUGUCGUUGGUCUCACAAGCCACUUGAACCUCAAGCACCGGCAAGCCCUUCACACCCGCCAGAUGACACCCGGCGGCACCCUGGCAACAUGUCUACACCGCAGGGGGAGAAAAAAAUAUUCGAGAUGGCAUCCAGAUCUUAAUAUUAGGGUAAGCCAAAAGUAGCAAUGCAUUUCCUUCCUCGCUUCCUUCAAUCCUCGACCUUUUCCUUCAGUUUCUUCCUGCAUUUCUUCCUCUUUUUCUCACCCGUUAUUUUGAGAACUGUACACCUACUUAUAACCACUCCACAAUGUACACAAUCACUGACUAAUUGUACCUAGUGGAGUGUCCAAAGCGUUCAUGUUUUUUUUUUUUUUUUUGGUUUUUGCUGCAAACUAUGUAACGUAGCAUGACACACAUAAAAUAAGUUUGAUGGAGCCGAUAAGCCAAAGAGGAAGCUGCCUUACCACAGCAGCACAAAAAAAAUGUCCAGAAAAUAAGCAAGCAGAAAACGAUGAGGCCAAAAUAUGACAGCCAUAACACAACAGCCAUCGUGUCGUUAGGAAUAUCGUUGACUUGGUAUCGACUGCCGACAUCGAAUUCCGUAUCGUGAUCUCCGUGUCAGUUCAUAAAAAUCACAGCGAUACCGUCUUGUCUGUAUCGAUACACCAGCUUUAGGUUUUGAUAUCGUGCUCUCCGUGUCAAUGCACCUGCAUUAAAUUUUGAGUAGAAAAUAACAAGAUAUUAAAAAAAGGAAAAUUGUGAGCUAUUAAAUCAACCUGGUGCCAUUGUCCAUCGUCAUGGCGAUGGGGGUUGUCACGGUGGUCUGUGACCUUUUUGUGACGCACGCAGACAGAUGUGAUGACCCUGGCGUCGUCCGGACUCCACUGAGUGCUGACGUCGACCCAACCGUGCGAAUGACGCCUGAAAGUGACGCGUCGCGGUGGUCCGCAGCGCACUGAAACAGGGCGACCGUUAAACAUAACAGGCAUGACCCCCCCGCC